CACAUUCACCUGCAGAUUUAAUAUUACAGACUGCAGAGGAUGGAGGAGGGGAAUCCGGGUGCAGCUUUUUCAUUAUUGUUAGGCAUUUCAUUCAUUCAGCGCUAGCAUUCACUUAAUUAUUUAUUCAUCAUUUUAACUACGCUGUAUAACUAUGAAUUCAUUAUUUAAUACGGAGUAAUUAAUUCCCCAAUUCCCCAAGGCUGCUGGCAUUUGCAAGCCCAACAACCCACUUUCCCCUGGUCUUGGCGCCCAGGCCCGCUAGUCCCGUUUAGCCACCCAGUGACCACCACACUCCCCCAACCAACCACAAUCGUCAAUCGUUCAAUUGUCAAUCAUCAAUCAUCAAUCAUUCAUCCAUCCAUUCUUUUAUCCUGACCAUUCUCCUUUCUUUCUAUCUCUCUCUUUCUAAUCUCUCUCUUUUCUAACCCAUGUUACGGAGUAGUUGUUUCUACCGUGGUCGUUCGAUCCAGUGCCCCCCCCCGCGCUGCUGCUGCUGCUGCUGCUGCUGCAAUCUUUCGUGUUGAAUCGCCGUUAGAUUGACGCCAACCAUUCAUUUCCCCACAAGUGUGAUCGAUGUAACACACCGCACAACUACUACUUCAAACCACUCUCCCUCUCUCUCUUCAGCGCCUAUCGUAGAGAUAGAUGUCCAAUUAUACACGCAUUUUACAUUUUGUAUACUGCUUCACAGUCAUUUAAAACAUUUACCACGCCUCUCACACCACGAUAAACCACUUUGUUGUCCUCUUCCUCUUCCUUCUUUUUUCCCCCUUCCCUCUGCGACCGGCUGGACCGAGAAUCGCGAUCACACACUCUCUCAAAAUAACUCACCGUGUACUCUUUGUACAUCACAUUUACAUUUCUCCUUACCCAGAAACUUGGUUGAACCAGGUCACUCUUGACUUUUUUAAUCGCAUGAAAAACAACUCUCAGAGAGAUCGCGGAUUCGUCUUAGACAAUGGGUUGUUGUACAUCUAACAGGAAGGAAGAAUACUGGGGACAUAUGCGACAAGAACAAAAAUGGGAUUACAUUAAUCUCCAAGACUUCAAGUCGACUACAUGUUUUACCCAACUCUCUUAUUUCAUUCUUUGGAUUUCAGUUUUUAUAUCGAUCGCUGUAUAUGGCGUCGACACCUUCACCGCUGUCAAUUUGAUCGCUUUCAAUCGAUGGUCCACUGAGGCAGAACAAUUAAUCCCCCGUUACAUCUCAAAAUGGAUCUUCGCAGGAUGCAUCAUGCUUUCCUUCGUUUUCCUCAUAUACCGAUGGAUUCGUGCGAUCCGUGUUAUGAAACAAGGAGGAGUCGCACAGAGUUAUCUUGACCCCCUAGCCGUUAGAAUUCAAAGUAUCCGCGUUGGGGAGAAAGGUCAAGGCUGGCGUCGUUUCCUGGUGUUUUACGAACUUACCAAGAGCAAAAAGGGCGCUGAUUACGUUGCCCUCUUCACGUACUUCAACUUUGAGGCAUGGAUGCGAACGGUCUUCGCCGAGGGCCCUCGACAGUUCAUUAAUGGGUCGAUUCUAUAUUCCGUAAUGGAGUCGGAUCUGAUUCUCCAAGGAGAACACGCACCCCCGGAAGGUACCUCUUCUGUCUCUCAGUUUUUUAGCAAUGUUGGAGCAUUGGCCGAUAAGGACAGGCGACAAGCUGUGAUUCUGUCAGCGAUGUUAUUUACCCUUGUGAUUUGGGUGUUCUCUGUCCUCAGCCUCAUGCUGUCGUGCGUCCUAUAUCUACUUUUUCUGUGGCAUCAUAUCCCUAGCGAAGACGGUUCCCUCACUGCCUAUUGUCGCCGCAAGAUUAAUAGGCGAUUUGAGAGAAUUGUUAAGGAGAAGGUCGACAAGGUAUUGGCCAAGGACGUCGUGCUGCAGGAUCGCGGUCCUUCUGACCCUGAACUUGCGACUGGUAUUGUCAAACGGCAGCCCACCCUGCCCACUUUCCAUCAGCCAAGCACGGACAAACUGCCAGAGAUGCCAGCUCUUUCCCGCCAGACAACUGUGUCGACGCUUCCGCUAUAUUCCAACGCCCCAUCUAGAGGCCCCACCCCUCAGCGUCAACCAACGUUGCCUAAUUUGCGCCAGCACAGUUCAGAUGAACUUCCAGAAAUGCCGGGACUAUCACGUCAGACCACAGUCUCGACUCUGCCGCCAUAUGCCAACUCUACAACACCAGGUGCCAAUUCUCACCGGCAACCAAGCCUGCCAGAUACCAACUGGUCCAACUAUGAUGAUAUGUCUAUGGGCAAUGGCAACCACAGCUCUCGCGUUUCCGAUGACAACCUACCCUUGGUGAACAAUGCCGCAGGGUUUAGCUACAACAAUGAACGAGAUUAUAAUCAAGGCCCUCCGGUCCUACCACCAAUCGAUAGGCAAGGAACACCACUGUCACUCAUGGCAGGUCCAAGGCCCCGCGACCACAUACCGCCAGGGCCGGACCCGUCAGCGGAUAACCAACAAUUCCCCUUCUCACCACCAAUGCCGGCGCUCAGCGACAGCGCUUCCCCCGUUAGCCGUUCGCAAACGUCACCCCCUGCGCGGCCAUACUCGCCACACCUUACUCCCAGCGGUGGUAGCGGCUACCCGGCCUUCCCAGCAAGCCCGGCGCCCCGGAAUCCUCUCCCACGUCUCCCGGGCGGUGGAAUGACCGCAGGCCCGCCUCCUAUCCGCAACUUUACUCGUCCAUCCACGACUUCUCCUUCCAAUGAGCAUGCCAACCGAUCCGCUGCCUCCAACAGACCCUGGCCGCAGCGAUCAGGCACCGCACCCCCUCAAAAUCCAUCGCCAUAUGGUGGAUUUUGAGGCGUAAAUAAGAAUAUGCAAAAUUAUUUAUGUGUUAUAUUACAAUAAAAUAUUCACAUCAUUUUGUGCUCGAUAUAUUGCGGGAGCAUUAGAUUUGUUUAGCCUAAAGGAUUGAACCCUCACGAGCCAGGAUUUUCGUAAAGUCUACCGGCGUUUUAAGGCUUCUGUGCUUUUAGUUUCUGCCGGACGUUGCUGGCGCAAAAGGCGAAAAGGGUAAAUUCGAUCCCAGUGGAAUAUGGAGACGUUUUUUUUAGUUCUAUUCUUUUAUUAUGGCUUUGGGCUCUGUGAAACUAGUUACCUACGUAGCUCUCACUUAGCCCGUAUGUUUUCAACACCUACCUACACACAUUGAGCUAUGGUCCACAAUGCCGCUCGAGUCACAUCUCACACACGACCGUCUACCCCUCACAUCGUUUCUCUUCGAUCUCAAUAGCUAUCCAAACAUUUCUCACAUUUCCUCACCAUUUCAUGUUAUCCAAAAGGGACAUUGUCAUGCUCGAUCCCGUUCUCCAUUUCAAUAUUCAUUUUUUGCCAUGUUCCUUUUCUCGUCUUUUCUCAUCAUUCCUUGCCACGACCUUUCCAAAAAUAGCAGAAACCAAGCAAAACUGGAUUUUGUUAAAGCCAUGCUUUUUAUAUCUACCCCUUUUUUCAUGAACGAGCACAAAUGAUCAAACAGAUACACACAAUACAACCACGCCCCAAAUACCCGAAUUUAUUUAUUUAUUUUUUGUAGUGGUUUUUAAUUCCAUUCACUUCUUGUUCUUUCUUCCCCACUUCUACUCGUUACGUUCGGUUACACUUAUGUCCAUGUUACUUACACUUCACAAUACCUAUCUAUACUUUGAUACCGGAUUCGCCCUUCUUCUUCUUCUUCUCUUGCGCAAAACUCUCUUUAAUCACUCUUGUUUAAAUUACCUCUUUUCCCCCUUUUUUCCAUUCCCCUUCUUCGCAUGAAUGUAACAUGAACAUAUAAAUUCUCAUCAACCAAUUGAAUAGGCCGAGCUUGGAAAAAUCUACCAGUGAAAGAAAGCAUUUACUGCUCCCCCCCCGCCCAACUCCUUUCUUUUUAUUUCACAUCUAUGUAGCUAGCCAAGUAGCUCGGUACAACCCCUUUUUUGAAAUAACUACAUGUAUCCUGUGCAAGCUCUUGGAAAAGUUAAUCUUGUACAUGUACAGUACGUUUUAAGUAAUUCCUUUUUUUAAAUUUUCCCACUUGCGGUUCCCUCAACUCCGGGGGCGCCGAUUCGAAAUAAAUCGUCGCCAAGAGAUAUAAGGCGCGCAGUCCGCUCCACUGAGUCCACCCCACAGGUUUUUCGUGGGUUCAACGGUAUCAUUACAUAGUAGGGGAGUAGUUAAGGUUCUGAAGGCCCACUUCCCGCGAUUUGAUGAGAAGCGCUUUUACUUUAGAUUACAUAGUAGAUGAGGAGAGAAGUAUCUGAUUAGAGCUGGUUGGCUAGCUGUGGAUAUCUAUAUCUAUAUCUAUAUCUAUCAUGGUUGGGUUGGGUAGGAAGGAGGUGUGGUGUUGGUGUGGAGAGAGAAUCUGGCAGGUCUGGGUUUUUUUGUUUCCUUUUCUUCUUCUUCUUCUUCUUCUUCUUCAGCUUCUGCUUUUCUUUCUUUCUUUCUUUCUCCCUUUUUUAUACACAUGAAGGACAGUUGCGGGAUCAUUUACACCGUCCCAUCCCACGAGAAGUGCGUGAGUUUGACAUAAAAUAAGUACAGACAUUUUACCCAUUCCAGCUCAGGAAGGACCAGGUGCCCUUCUGCUUGUUCGUACAUACAUACAUACAUAAAAUAUCGAGCUGUAGCUGUCCCAAGUGCGGGAGAGAGCCACCUACCCUAGUAUACCUAGUCACCAUGGUGGUGGUUUGUGAAGUUUCUAUGAUGUACUAUACAUGUACAUACCUAUACGUUACAGCAGCGCUCAUAGUCUUUAUAUGCAUGCUGUUUUAAAAGAAAGGUACUAGAAGAGGAACAAGUAUUGCUUUCUCAGGUGGGGAAUGUGUAUUCUGGACAUUGAUGGAACUUGGCGUAAGGAGUAGUUAAGGUAACUAAGUAGUAUUUUCAUGUUUACAUGUUUACAAAUGGAUGCUUCAAGUGGUUGUUUUCACUAGUUACUGGCGAACUAAGAAGCUGUUUUUUUCUUUUUAUUUUAUUUUCUUUUUUGAAGAUAUUCUACUCCAACAUCAAAG